UUAAUUUUUCAUUUCAAACUGUCAAGUUUUGAAUUGAAUUAUAUAAAAUCAAUUUUUCGAUCAUUUGGGAAUAUGCAGAACAUAAAUAACUAUACUAUCGAAGAGGAGCAACAAAUAGUUAGAUCAGCAACAAGAAGAAAGGAACUGAAGAGACAUGAUCAAAUAAUUAAAGAGAAACAUUUCCGCAUUCGAAAUAACUCCAUUCAGAAUUAUUUCAUCAGAAUGUCGUGUGAAAAUAAGGAAUGGUUUGUCUUGAGAUUGAUGGGAAAUAUCAGUUUAGCGGGUGUUCUCCAAAUUUUACACGUUAUGUCCUGGAGUCAUACGAAAAUGGCCGUGUAUAACGUUGCUGAUCCAGAAACCAACUUCAUCUAUGAUAAACUUAUACUAGAUCACAACAGGAUGCUUGAUGAAAAAGUUCUUGCCGAAACUAUGGACAAUGAUAUAGCUUGGUUUGCCACUUUGGAGGAGUAUUUCCAAGUAUCGCUAGUUACUGAUUUAAUAAGAAUGUCUUCCGGAAUUGUUAAACGAAAACUAUGCCUGCCGAUUUUCCGAUUAUAUCAUAGAAAGCUAGCACAACAUCGACGAUCACAAUGGAAAACGGGUACCGACGAAAAAUGGGAUACUCAAAGCAGUGCAACUCAAGGAAUUAUGAUAUCAGAGGAUGAAGAUGAAUAUGACCCGAAACAUCCCGCAUCUGUUGAAGUGGAAAAGCAGAGAAAAAAAUGGGCGGAGAUGAUUGCAAAGUACAGAGCUGAAGUUGAAGUAUCUAAUAAAACUGACCUUGAUAAUGCCAAAAAAGAAGAAAACCCAAAGAAAAAAGCAACCAAAGCAAAGAAAAAAGAAACAGAAACAAGCAAAACAAAGACUGAAAACUCUAAGAAAAGAAAAGACGGCAAAGGAGAUAAAAUGGAGGGGAUAGAUGUGGUGAGUCUAAAAAUGUUUCUGGUUUAUCCUUAUACUAGCAACUCGACCGUCGCAGGGGUAGUGGAACAUAUAUGUCUUAUUUUUUCUAUAAUAUAGUGUCACAUCAGUGUACAAAACAAAGCUUUUCGUUUUUACCCGAAGAGCGUGCUUUUGAAGAUAUGAGGGCUGGAAGUUUCAAGGCCUCAAUAACCUCUUGUGCUAUUUUUUAUCAGUGAAUAACUAACCCU